AUGGAGCUGCAGCGCAAAGAAUACCCAGCGGUGCUGCAAGCCCUCUCGCCCGCGCAAGCCGUCGACAUCCUCAAUGGCCGCAUGCGGCACGUGAACCAGCUGAACACGCAGAUUGCAGACUGGCUGCAGGAACGGCGUCGCGUCGAGGAGCAGUAUGUCCAGAGCCUGCGAAAGCUGGCAAACAGACAUCCACCGGACGAUGCAUCCGAGCUGGGCAUCUUCUCCGUGCCAUGGCAGAAGAUCGUAAGCGCAACCGGCGCCGUUGCCGGAUCCCACGAGCACCUGGCCCGCAAGAUCGAGUCGGACGUCGAGCGACCGCUGCGCAACUUCUACGCUAGCAACCGCGAAGUGCAGGCCAUGGGCAACAUCUCUGGGAAUCUGGCCGCCAUGGCCAAAGACAUCGACUCGGCGCGCAAGAAGUCGGAGAAGCUCAAGGCCAAGGGCGCGAAAGCGAAGCCCUCCGAGGUCGGCGAGGCAGCGCAGGAGGAGCAGAACGCUGAGCUGCAGUGGGACUCGCAGGCGCCUUUUGUCUUUGAGAAGCUGCAGGCCGUAGACGAGAGCCGGCUCAACCACCUACGCGACGCCCUCACGCAGUUUCAAACGCACGAAGUGGACCAAGUAGAGCGGAGCAGGAUCACAGCAGAGGAGACGCUGAACGUACUGUUGAACAUCGAGACUGCAGACGAGAUACAGACAUGGUCUCUGAGGCUGCGGAGCGGAGACAUCCCGCAGCCGAGUCGCAAGAUGAGCAACCCGCCAGCCUCGCCCGCUAGGAACCUGGUGCCGCCUCCAGUGCCAUCAGCAGCUGGCCCUGCCGACGACGCUCGAAGCCAGAAGAGCGGUUCUACGCAAGAAAAGCACAGCUCGAACCCUCUGAAGCGAUUUGGAACCGUACUCGGCCGUCGAAGACAAAGCGCCCACCCGUACGGCCGUGCAUCUUCGCCUGAGCAGAAGUCAUCCUCGAACCUGGGUUCAGCCUUUGGGUUCGGAAAGGGGAAGAACAAAGAUCGUGACCUGCCUCCACCCUCUACGUCAGACCGACCACGCUCACCACUGAGACGUCUUUCAUCGCGGCGUGAGUCUGAAAGUGCACCUUCCCCCGUACACGCUCCACCCUCCAGAGACGUGGAUGAGCCGAACGGGUUUGCCACCGCGGCUUCUAACGAAAUUGAGACCAUCGCAACGCCAGUCAAUGGAACAGUGCAGGACUCCAUACCCGAGCUGAAUGAAUCUCUGGCCCCACCACCAGUCGCUGAGCCCCCAACGGAGCCCGAGAAAGACUCUGAAGGCUUUUCAGUCCCUCCCUCGGCCCUUGAUGCGAUCACAGAAGCCGAGCGUGAAGCAGGAUUUUCGCAAAGCGAGAGCAACUCUACACCACAGUUCAAACUCGACAUCAGAAACGCGCCUAUACAAGAAGAAGGGGAAGACAACGAUGCUGCCAUGGCCAGCGUGGUCAACACUCUGCGUGCUCAAGCCGCACAGCCCAAACGAAACAGCACACUUCGAGGUCGCCGCGAUGUUCGCAAUACGAUAUUUGUGCCCAACCCCGCUAUUCCAGAGUUACAGAGCAUAGGAGAAAUACCUGCACUUCCUGCUACCGGGUCAGCUCCAUCGAGUGCCACUCUGCCAUCACCCAGCACACCUACGGUGUUCCCCCCAUUGAUCCCCCCUCCACAGCCUUCUUCUCCAGUCUCCAAGCUUCCCCACAGAUCCUUACUGUCUGAUGAGCAUGCUGCACCCGCAUCGGACACCCAGUCAAUUCGAUCGGGCCGAUCGUUGAGCAGCUCCGCUAGCACAACUGUCAGGCAUCCGGACCUGCACGAGCCAGGGCUUAAUGCCUCACUUGUAGAGACCGUCAGUGCGUGGUUCGAACAAGGCAACGUUACCAAAGCCAUGGUAAUCGGUCAAGUGGCGCUCGCGUUCAACCCCAUCGACAUCUCAGCCGGGCCGUUUGGAACCGAACAGAUCCGUUUAGAGAACUUCUCCGUUCUCGAGAAAGUGGCGCCAAAUCCCGCUUUCAUCGAACAGAUCCCGGACAACCCCGGAAACUACCACGUCGACUUGGCUAAGAUCACCAAGACGUCAGUCGCCUUCCAUUACCAGCUGCAUAUUGAGAACAGUAACGUCACCGCGCUGGCACCUAUCAUCCUAACACCUCUGUGGAGAGCAGAGCCAACCCAGGUCUCUGCCAUCCUCAACUAUUCGCUGAAUCCGCAAUUCGAUCUGAGAGGUGCUUCCAGUGUGACGGUCCGCAACUUAGUGCUUGUCAUCCGACUGGAGCCGGGAUCUAGGGCUACGUCAUGUCAGUCGAAGCCUGCAGGUACCUUUUCACGGGACAAGGGCCUUAUUUACUGGCGGUUGGGAGAUGUGACGCUCUCACGGGACCAGCCUGCGCAGAGCAUUCGUGCACGGUUCCUCACAGAAGGCGAAGCAAAGCCCGGCAACACCGAAGCACGGUGGGAGAUCAGUGGCGAGCAGUCACUGAGCUUGGGAAGCGGUCUUGGAGUCAGCUUGAGUGCUCCCGGCGAGACCAAGCUGGACGUUGAAGCUGACCCUUUUGCUGACGAGGACAAUGCUCCUCCCGCUGCUCCGUCGGUGCAGUGGAAGCCUGUCCCCAGUGUUAAGCGUAUCACGAGCGGUACCUACCUGGGCGUGUAA